CCACCACCUCUCACUUUUCGCUCCUUAGUUGCACGACGCAUACAUCGCCCAACGACCGAUACAAUGGCACCAAAGGCAGCAAUCAAGGGCAAGUCCAGCAAGCCAUCUGCAAAGGCUUCGGCCGCCGCAAAGGCUACGCUGCGCGGAGUCAACUCGCACAAGGUCACCAAAGUCCGAAAGAGCACCACCUUCCACCAGCCAAAGACCCUCACGCUCUCGCGUGCGCCAAAAUACCCACGCCGAUCGAUCCCACGCCAGCCUCGCCUCGAUGCCGGCAAGGUCAUCAUCCACCCUCUCAACACUGAGAGCGCGAUGAAGAAGAUCGAGGAGAACAACACCCUCGUCUUCAUUGUGGACGUCAAGGCCAACAAGAGGCAAAUCAAGGAGGCUCUUAAGAAGCUUUACGACGUGGAUACCGUCAAGAUCAACACCAUGAUCCGACCAGACGGCUCCAAGAAGGCUUUCGCCCGCCUGACCGCUGAUGUCGACGCCCUCGACAUUGCUGCCACCAAGCUUGCCAUCGUCUAAGCUGGUGUAAAAUCAAAAGCGAUGCUUGCAUUCGGCACUGGCGUUUGAGCAGAGCUCUUGGAAACGAGCAGAACGGUAUCGGCGUUCAUUUGAGAUGACCUGGUUCGGGGAAUAUCGAGGAAAGCCAAUGCGCUUCCCUCUGGAAGAGCGUAGUAUACAGCUACUGUACAAGCGCCAUGCGAUCAAGCUUUCGCACCACCAUAUAUGAGUUCAUGAUACCC